AUGAAGGACGAAUCUGUGGGGCCUCACCUUGCCUACUUCAAGUCAGUGUCCAAAGAGAAUCGUGACCAGACAAACUCACCAAAGUACAAGUUCAAUCAACUGGAUGGCUCCAACACUCUCCAGAGUCCAACACUCUCCGGAAGCAUGUUUGGCCACAGAAAUGUUCUGCGACAAAGAUCUGUUCUAAACUGGUCAUUUUGGAGAAGGCCUAACACACAGUUGGAUGAUGGAUCAGAUUCUACGACAGGAAAACUGUUUGGUAUCUCUUUGCCAAACAUCUGCGAAAAUGGCAACUUACCAACACCGAUUCUUAACAUACUAUGGCUCCUUUAUGAGAGGGGGCCCUUGACAGAAGGCAUAUUUCGUCAAUCCGCAAGUGUGAAGGCAUGCAGAGAAUUAAAAGAAAAAUUAAAUGCCGGCACUGAUGUACAGAUUUAUUGCGAGCCACUUUUUGUAGUGGCCUCCGUUUUCCAGGAUUUUUUGAGGAGUAUUCCAGGUAGUCUAUUGUCAUCAAACAUGUUUGAAAUUUGGCUUUCGAUAAUGGAUGAAGCGAAUCCUGAAGAGCGCAUCCGUACUAUCCAGUUACUCUUACAGCAUCUUCCAAGAGACAACAUCACUGUCCUGAGGUAUCUUUUUGGAGUGCUACACUGCAUUGAGCAAAAUUCCUCUUUAAAUAAGAUGAACGCUCUCAACUUAGCUAUAUGCAUAGCCCCUAGCAUCUUGGGGCCACCAAGAGAUACCCCGAAGGUGGAAACAGAGAUUUACGAAAAGAUGUCCAAACUCAUUCAAUUCAUGAUAGAGAAUUGUUUCCAAAUUUUUGGAGAGGUAAUCAUUUGCCUCUUUGGAGAAAACAACUACUUCUGGUCAUUAGAUUGA